AUGUCAUCAGAUAUAGAAAAAACUUCGGUACAAGUAGCUGUUCGAAUACGUCCACUUACAAAUGAAGAUCUUGUAAAUUUACCAACAAGAUUUCAAAAAUCUGUAUUAUCCAUAAAUCCACAUACACCAAAUCAAAUAAUAGUUGCAGGUGAAAAGAAACAAACAUUUAGUUUUGAUCAUGUCUUUGGACCAGAAACUGUUCAAAAUUCGAUAUAUGAAAAGUCGGUGUUAAAAUUAAUUGAUAAAUUCUUCGAAGCUUAUGGUCAAACGUCAUCAGGAAAAACGCAUACAAUGGGCACAGCUGAUAAUUCAUUAAUAUUACCUGAAGAAAAAGGAAUAAUACCACGUGCUAUGAGUACCUUAUUUAAAUUAAUAAAUUCUCCUCAAUAUAAAUCACGUAAAUUCUCUGUAAAAGUUUCUUUCAUUGAAAUCUAUAAUGAAGACUUAAUUGAUUUAUUGGGAGAAGGUGAAAAUUCACCUCCAGUUACUAUCAGGGAAGAUUCUAAAGGUAACAUUUUAUGGAGUGGUUUACAAGAAUUGAGAGUUAAUAAUGUUGAAGAAGUUAUCAGUCAUUUAACAAGAGGAUCGUUACAUCGUCAAACCGGUGCUACUGAUAUGAAUUCAAAAUCUUCAAGAUCUCAUGCUAUUUUUUCAGUAACAAUUGGUACUUUAAGUCCUGAACCUGAACAAACAAAAUCAAAAGUACGACCUCCCUCAAGAACAAAUUCAGGAUUAAGCAUGGGUAGAAAAUUGGAAGAUGGUGAAUGGAUUUCAUUCACUAGUAAAUUUCAUUUCGUGGAUUUGGCUGGUAGCGAAAGAUUGAAAAGAACUGGAACAGUAGGUGAUCGUGCAAAAGAAGGAAUAUCAAUUAAUUCUGGAUUAUUAGCUUUGGGAAAUGUAAUUUCAGCAUUAGGAGAUCCUAAUAAAGCUAAACAUACAAUUCAUAUCCCUUAUCGUGAUUCAAAACUUACUCGUUUAUUACAAGAUUCUUUGGGUGGUAAUGCACAAACAUUAAUGAUUGCAUGUGUAUCUCCAGCUGAAUUUAAUCUUAAUGAAACUGUGAAUACUUUAAAAUAUGCAAAUCGUGCUCGUAACAUAAAAAAUUCGGCAAUGGUUAAUCAAGAAGAAGUUGGUUGGAAUGAUUUAGAACAUUUACAAAAUUUAGUAAUUAAAUUAAGAAAUGAAAUUAAAGCUAUCAAAUCAUCUUCAAUAUCUUCAAAUGGAAGGACAACACCGAUGGGUUAUUUUACUGGACGUGAAACUCCAAGUAAAUAUAAUAAUGGACGUGAAACUCCGAGUAAAAAUUUUAAUGGACGUGAAACUCCAACCAAUAAUUCAUUAAAAAAAUUAAAAGUGAUACAAGAAGAAAAUUUCUUUAUUCAUGCUUCCGAAAGUUUUCAAGAAGCUGUAGAACCUGUAAUUGAAGAAUAUGAAAAAUCUAUUUCUUCACUUGAAAGUCAACUUGCGCUUACUCGUGCUGCCUUAUCACAUUCUGAUACUAUAUUACAAGAUCAAGAAUCUAAAAUCGGACAAGCAGAAAAAAUUAUUCAACAAGAUAAAAAUAUAAUUAAUGAUUUAAGGAAUAAUAUUUCAAAAUUUUCUGAACGUGGAUCAACUACUGAACAAUAUAUUAAAGAUUUGGAAACAAAACUUGAUCAACAUUCAAAAGAACAAUUAAAAGAUCUUGAAUUAAUUGCUGAUUUAAAAUCAAAGAUAGCACAAUUUAAAUCAAAUGAUACUAAUAAUGAAGAAUAUAUUCAUAAUCUUGAAAUGAGAUUGGCCAAUAAUGAAGAACAAUUUGAAAAAUUAAAUUUAACAAUUGAAAGAUUAGAGAAACGAUUAAAACAACGUGAAAUCGAUUAUCAACAAUUACAAGAAAGAUUAAAUUCCAAUUCUUCGGAUGAAGAAAAAUUAUUAUUAUUAAAAGAUAUUAAUCAUCGAGAUAAUCGAAUAUUUCAAUUAGAACAACAAAAUAAAUAUCAAUCUUGUCUAUUGGAAAUUAAUGAUCUUAAUGUUAAAUUAACUGAAUCAAAUAAUUAUUUUAAUAUUAAUAAAGAUCAAAAUAUUCCAUCAACUCCAAUGACUCCUUUAUCUCCUACAAGUUCAAUGAGUAAUAGUAUUAUUUAUUCUUCUUCAAAUAAUCUUAACUUUAAUAAUUUUAAUAAUAAUUUUAAUAAUAAUAAUUUUAAUAAUAAUGAUUUAAAUAAGUUUAAUGAUGAUAAUAAUCAAUCUAUUAGUGCUUCGAAAUUCUUAUCAAAUCAUCAAAGAUCAAAAUCACAUACUUUCGGUGAUGAAAAUCAACAACUUACUGUGGUACAAAAACUUUAUAAUGAGCUUAAACAACUUUCUUCUUUACAUGAUGAUAAAGCUCAAGGUUUAGAAAUUAUUAAACAAGAAUUCACUAAAUUAGAAAUUAGUUAUCAUGAAACUUUGGAAAUUAUUGAAGAAUUACGUGAAGAAAUUAAGAGCCGUGAUAAUUCUGCUCAAAAUGAUGUAAUGUCCUCCUACUCUGUCACAAAUUCCAAUGAGAUUGAUCAACUUGAAAUUGUGCAAAAACUUCGUGGUGAAGUUAACCAAUUAAAAGAAGAACGACGAAAAACCAUAGAAAUUAUCUCUAAAUAUCAAAUGAAUAAUAAAACGAAUGAGGCGAAUGAGACGAAUGACUCAAAUGACAUGAAUACUCAACAACAUGAAAUUCAGUUAAAGCCUGGAGAAAAUGCUAAUCAAUCCGAAAAUAAUAAUGAAGAGAUUUUGGCUUUAAAACAAAAAGUUGAAAAAUUUCAAACCGACAUUCAAUCAAAGAGUCAUACUAUUGCUACUUUAUUACUUUCCACAUCUGAUCAUCAUCAAAAUCAGAAUACAAUUCGUCAACUUGAAGAUGAAUUACAAGAAGUACGAGAAGCGUAUCGUCUUGCCAUUGAAGGAAAAUUAUCUAAAAAAUUAACUGAAAAAUCCAGUGAUGUAAAUAAUUCUGAAAAAAAUUCUGAAAAUAAUCCUAAAAAUUUUUCGUCCUCGAACUUUAUUUCAGAAAGUUCUUCCGAUAAACUUGAACAAAAUGUUGAUGAAAAUGUUGAUGAUGAAAAUGUGAGAGCUUUAGAAGAUUGGGUUCGAGAUCUCGAAAGUCAAUUAACAAAAGCAAAAGAUGCUCAAAAUGAUCAAACUUCAAGAAACUCUCUAUUCUAUUCGAUUGAUCCUACUCAUAAAAAUAUAAAUAAGCUUCAAGAGAAAUUAUAUAAUUUAUUACAAGUUCUUAUCUCAAAAUCUAAUAAAUCUAAUAGUGAUAAGUUUCACAAUUUUCAAACUGAACAAGAAUUAAUUAAUUCAUUGCAAGUUCAACUUGAAAUACUCAAGGCUGAUGUUAAGAAUAAAUAUGAAUUAAUCGAAUUGAUGAAAAAAGAUUUAACUGAUAAAAAUUUAUUACACCAAAAAUUACGUGAGAAAGAAUCCGAAGCUACUAUUUUACAGUCGCAACUUUCGCAAUACAGUAUUCAAGAACAAGUUAUGCAAAUGGAAAUUAAAGAACUUCAAUCGAAAAAAAUAGAAUUUAAUAAUGAAACCAAUGAAUCUUUACUAUUAGAAUUGAAUGAGAUCAAACAAGAACUUAAAGAAUCAAGAGAACGUGAAUCGGCUGUAUUGAAUCAAUUGAAAUUACGCAGCACAGAAGAAUCAAAACUUUUACAAGAUAUUGAAAAUAUGAGAAAAAUUGAAAUAACUCAACGUGAAAGAAUUAUUUUAUUGGAAUCAGAAUUAGCUGAAAAAGAUUGGUUUGAGGAUGAUGAUUUAAAUAAAUUGAGAACCGAACUGGCGUUAGUUAGGGAAGCCGAGAUAGUUAAUAGUCGAACAAUUGCGGAUCUCGAAAAAAAAUUAUCCUUUUCUCUUGAAGCUAAAGAAGAAUUGAUAACCGUUAAAAAAGAACUUAAAGAAUCGAAAGCUACUGAUUUUAAUUUACAACAAACUAUUAAAGAAUUGGAACAAAAACUUGAGUUGGCUGAAAAUCAAUCACAAAAUUUGUCAGAAAUGAAAAAAGAGAUCAUCCUUCUUAAAGAUUUGGAUAAUGAACAAAAAACUAUUAUUAAAAAUUUAGAAUCACAAAUUCAAGAGACGAGAAAUGCAAAAGAUUCAGCUAUUAAAGAAUUAAAAGAUCUUAAAGACGAUUUUAAUGCCCAACAAGAACUGGUGAUCGCUCUUGAAUCCGAAUUAACAAGUUUAAAUGAUGAAUGGUCAAAAACCAAACAACAAAAUGAAUCUUUCAAGAGUGAACUUGAUCAAUUAAUACAACAUCGUGAUAAAUAUAUGGAUAGAAUUAAAGAAUUAGAAAAUUUGUCCGAAUCAUUAAAAGUCACAAGUAAUGAUGAUAAUAAUAAUCUUGUAUCAUUGAGAGAUAAUUUGGCAAAUGUUAAACUUGAGAUGGAAGCUCAAAAUCAAAUAGUUACUGAACUUGGGAAUCAAAUGAUAUCGAUUGAGAAAGAACGAGAUCAACUUAUCGAACGAUUAGCAGAAUUGACAAAAACUCUAGAGAUAAAAGAAUUGAAUCAUAAAGAAACUGUUUCCGCUCUCGAAAAUCAAAUUACGGACCUUCAAUCUCAGUUAGAGGAAAUUAAGAAUUUAUCAACACUCGAUCAAGAGAAAGUUAUUGAACUAAAUGAACAACUCGUAAUAGUAGAAACUCAAUUACAAGAAGCAAAAGAAAAUGAUGAAAGACGUUCCAAGUUGGUAUCUGAACUUGAAAGAAAAUUAUUAGAAAGAGAACAAUUGAAAAAUUCACUUCCUUCUGAAUCUGAAAUGCAAGAAUAUUAUGAACUUAAGAGUGAAAUGACUAGUACAAUUGAACAAUUAAAUGAAUUAAAAUCGAACGGAACUCGCCAAACUGACCAAAUAAUGUCUUUAGAAUCUCAACUCCAAGAAGCCAAAGAUCAACACAACGAUACCGUUAUGAAACUUGAGAAUGCUAAUAAAGAAAUUGAGGAACUUACGAAUCAAAUUACUCAAUUACAGAAUAUGAUCAUUGAAGCUAAUGAUAAUCAUAAAAUGAUGGAAGUUCUCAAAAAUGAUUUAGGAAAAGCUCAAAAUGAGAUACAAGAAUAUUCUAAACAGGUUAAAGAACUUGAGAAGAUAAAUCAACAAUUUAAACUUGAAGAUCAUGAAAAACUCAAGAUUAAUGAUGAACUCGCUAAACAAGUUGAAGAAUUACAAAAUGAUCUUGAAACUCUGACUGAAGAGUUUUCAAAUGCUUCAACUAAAUAUGAGGAUUCCAAUAAUAAAUUACAAGAGCAACGAGAAUUCAUCUCAGGACUUGAAGAGACGUUAAAAAUUUUUAAGCGACAAAAAACCAUAGAUGAUGAAAAUUUAGAAUCAUCUAGUUCGAUUUUAAAACAACUCGCUAAGGAUAAUGAAAAUUUGAGAAAUACUAAUGAUAACCUAAAUUCUCAAAUAAAUACGGCCGAAUCACAUUCAAUUGAAUUAAGUGAAAAAAUAAAGUAUUUAGAGGAUGAAAUUGCAAAUCUUAAUAAAGAAUCCACUGAAACGGUAAAAGAAAAAAUAUAUAAUCUUGAAAGUGAAAGGGAUGAAUUAAAACGAGCGAACAAAAGCUUAACAGAAGAACGACACCAACUUGAAACGAAAAUAGAAUCAUUAACGCAAAAAUUUCAAUUGGCCGGCCAAGAAGAAAAUGAAACUACUGCACAACUUACUGAAUUAAAUACAAAAGUCUUUUCUCUGGAAGAAGAGAUAUCGCAAUUAAAAGAAAAAUCCAAGAUGGAGAUUUUAGAGAUGGAAAAAGAAAUUAUACGAUUAAUAGAAGAAAAUGAUAAAUUAAUUCAAAUAAAUAAUAAUAAUGACAUGAAUAAUGUGGAGGAAAAUGCUGCAUAUACAAAGUUUUUGGAACAUGAAAAAAUCUCAAAAUUACAAGAGAAAAUAUCAUCAAUGGAAUAUGAGAAAUCGCAAAAUAAUGAAUACGUUGAAACUCUUGAGACAUCACUAAAUGAUACUGAAUCAAAUCUUCGAAUGGCUAAAAAACAAUUACAAUCAUUACAACAGGAAAAGGCCAAAUUAAUAAGUCAAGUAAAGGCUUUGCGAACACAAUUAGAGGAGGCUACGAUACAAUUUGAGAAUGCUAAGAAUUCAGUACAAGAAGAAAAGAAAGUUAUUGAAUCUGUAUUGGAAGAAGAACGAAAGGCCAAAGAAUCUGCCGAGAAAGCGAGAAGUCAACUUGAGUAUCGAAUGGAAGAACUUAUGGCAAAAAAGAAUAAAUUCAUUUGUUUUUAA